AUGUUUCAAGGAAAGACCAGGCUUGCGUCUGGUUCCAAUGACGCGUCGAUCAAGCUGUGGGAUCUCAAGGGUGAAAGCAACAAGUGCAUGACUACCCUUCAUGGGCACUCACAUGAAGUAACUUCUGUGCAGAUCAACAACUACCUCCUCGUGAGUGGAUCAGAGGAUCGAACUGUGGGCUUGUGGGACAUCGCCAAGGAGCAGCAGGUCCACUCGUUUCAAGGCCACUCCCACUUUGUAACCGAUGUGGCGAUCAACCGCUCUGGCACGCUCCUGUUAAGCGGGUCCUGGGACAAUACCAUCCGCUUGUGGGACCCUCGCAGUGGCGAAUGCAACUACGUCCUCGAGAUGCAGUGUUCGGUGGAUUCGGUGGCCCUCAACUCAUCGGAAGAGCGCGUCUACUUUGGACCUGUCAACCUCAGCCACCUUAAACAAGCGCCCUGUUGGGUGGAUCUCCGCAAGGUGGAGUCCACGGUGCGAUCGAGGCUGGAGAACCUGUGUCGCUACGCCACUUCACCCAAGGUGGCGAUGAUGCCCAUCUCCCUGUUUGAUAGAGUUGACGUCCUCUACACCAGUGGACUUGUCUUCAAGUUCGACUGCAGCGGCAAGCGCGAGCUUGUCGACCCACCGGCCCGUUUGGGGUACAGGGACCACCAAAAGCAGUGGCAAUGGAUCUCUGCCUCGGCCGGGGCGUGCUGGACUGCAUCCGGCGUGAUCGUCUCGGGCGGACAGGGCAAGCUGUUUUUCGCAGACCCGACCUGUGCGCCCGAGGCGCCCUGGAGCAACGACGAGGCGCGAGCCGGCCUGGCCGGAAGUGUCACUAAGGGCCUGCACCUGCGCGAUCUUCGCCAGCCCACGCCAGAGGAGGUGGCGCACGAUGUGGCGAUGAUCAAGCUGCAGAUGCGGGAAAGCAAGCGGCGUGAGAUAGAGGCCAGAGGCAAGCAGAGCGUCCAACAACGACGGCCGAGCAAGCUCAGGCCGUGA